CAUUGUUCUGCAAUUGAUUGCAAACAUGGCCACUUUCGUUGAAACAAUCAACAUCUUGAGAUUCGAGAUCAUCCCUCGGUUAUUCAUUCGCGAUCAACUCCAUCUUUGUCAAACAAGCAAAGAUCUCCAUACCGCAACUGUUUCAGUUCUCUACCGCGACAUCACCAUAACACACGACGUCGAAGUACCAAAUGACCCGCCACUGUCAGCCGGAAAGUUGAGAAGGCUUGAGAGAUUACGCGCGGCACGCAGAAAGCGACUACCCUGGGGCGUUGGCUUUCUUUUUGCGAUAUUGAGCCGACCAGCCUUGAGAAGUCAUGUUAAGAGCCUAAGGUUUCGAAUCGAGAAUUAUGUUCAUGAUGAACAUUUUCGUGGUACUGGGCUUUUGAAGCCAUUGAAUUUUCACCCGCUGGACAACGAAAAGGCUCGGCAAAUGAUUCUUGAUGGAAUUGACGAUUUGAGCUUUUCUGAAACGGAAAAGCUGAGUGCGGCGUUCACGGAUCGCGACUUUGAUCUUAUCUUAUCGCUCACCAUCGCGGCAUGCACCGAGAUCCAGAGUCUUACCAUCGACCUUGGAUACUUUCUAUACAGCCACAAAUGGCUUCUCGAACUAUUCAAGAACUCACUUUCACCUCAAACAAAAUCACAUAGUCUCCAGAACGUCACGCAUUUCGAAGUUGCCAAUCCUCGGGGCUGGUUAGGUUACCAGCAACUUCCUAGGGGAAUUCAUCCACUUUCAUUUUACCUCCCAAAAGUGAGAACCUUACCCCUGGAGAGUUUCGCUAGUCAUCGUAAAGGGGAGAACAGCGCAUUGGCAGACACAAAUCCCUUUUGGCCUCUUUCAUCUGCACCACAGGCUACCUUUCUUACUACGCUUCAUCUCGAUCACUGCUCGUCAAACGCCCAUAAUAUAGCAGCAAUGCUUGCGCAGACGCCCAAUCUCAAGACAUUGUUUUACGCAUGUUAUCUUCCUGCUUUUGAAUGCGACUUUGACGUUGAUGAGCUUAGAAGCGGACUGGAGCAUGUGCGCAAUAGCUUGUCUAAAUUAACAUUGAACUUGAUUAUUAUGCAGAGAGGGCUUAUUGAUUUCUCGGAUCAUGAGUGGCCAUUGACUCACGGCCGCAUUGAUGAUCUUCGAGAGUUCCUGUCUUUGACGGAUCUUGAGAUUCCUCUCACUUUUCUUCAUGGCCAUACAGCCCCAGGGGACUGGCAACCAUUGGCCGAUCUCCUGCCACCAAAUCUCAUCUCUCUUACAGUCAAAGAUGAACUAAUGGACGAUUAUACUACCUUCCAAGAUCUCUACACAGAAACAGCAAUCCGUGAUAUGAUGCGGACGUUCCUCAGCUACGGCUCCAGGUCAUUUACCCUCAGUUUACGCCACGUUUACUUUUAUCGCUACCCCGCGAUCUGGGACUAUGAAAACCUCUCGAAGGGCCCCGAGAAGGAAUACUACGAGGAUUGGAAGCCUGUAGAUGACAAGUACGGCAGUCGAUGGGCUUUUGCGGAGUGAUUACUUGGCGGAAACAAAAUUGCUCGAUGACCUGAUCUGUGGAGAUGGUGUUUUGCAGAAGGGGUUUCGGGGGUUUGUUUCACCCGCUUUCGCUAGAUUUCUGAAACACGAGGGGUUGCAGAACGGCAAAACAAAAGGGACCCUGAUUUUGAGACGGCAAUUAAGUAAUUGUUUGUAGAUGGGAAUUGGAUGCG